AUGUUCGUUGAUACUCUUGUAGAAGGAAAAACCCCAGUCAAAGCGUUAAUUAAUACAUCCUUGAAAUUUAAUACCAUUAGUAAGAGGUUGUUCGAUAAGCUUGAAGAAGAUUAUAGGUUGGAAGGCGUAUCUGGUGAUGAUUUGAUAGAUGGCACCGAAGUAAUAGACUUUCAAAUUUGCAAAAAUCCAUCAUUCGAUUUGGUGCUGGGGCAAAAAUGGUUAUGGAUGCAUAAAGUAAAAAUUAUCUUUGGAUUUUCUUCCAGAACCUAUGAACACCGUGAUAAAAUUGUAAUAGAUAAUAUGAGUAUCCCAUUGAUCGAAGGAGAUGGCAGGCCCAUGGAUAACUCGAAGAGUCAUAAAACCAGCUCUGGUAAAAAUAACUCAUCUAAUUUGGUGAAGUCUAAAGCUGGUCUAAUUAAGGAUGAGAUUACGAAUAUGAUCAAUAAAAUUCUCUCAGAUGUUGAAAAUAAUAAAAGAUUAGAUAAUGAUGUACCCAAAAAUAGCAGAGUUAGCAAGAAUAAGAAAUAUCCUAAAGUAGAUUUAGGCGAUGGGUGUGGAAAGCUUUCAUUAAAAACGUACCUCAAUAAUAUUUGGAAGUCAGUUCAUUCUAUAGAAAAUGAUAUAUAUUAUGGGAUUUUUAAAAGACUUUCCAAUAUUGAGAAUGAACUGAGAGGUCCUUCUAAUUCUCGCUCACGUCAAAAUAAGAGCAAGAAAGGUGGAGUCAAGUAUUCCAUGGAUUCGGAUACUGAUACUUCUGAUACAAGCACUUCUUAUUCUUUCAAUUCAGGUUCGAAAGAUGUAUCAUUUGCAAAAAAUGUUCUCAGUGCAAUUCCGAGAAUUUUAAAUUAUAACAUUGAAGUAUCAAAACCGGAUCCAUGCCAGUUAUGUGGACAAGAGUUUAUUCCACACCCCGCAACGAGAUGUCCGAAUGUGGGAUGCAGAUACAAAGAUAUCGAAACCUCCCUCACUUCAGCUAUUAAUGAAACAAGGUCGCAGGAUCCAAUGGAAAUAUCACCACAAAUCUCUAUGAUAACUCCACAGAAGGACCUAACUAGCAUUAUGUCUGGAAAUGAACGAGAUCUUCCAUUAUUUGAGAGCAACACUGAUAUUGGUCUUACUCAAGCUUUACAAAAUAAAGAGCCUCCUCUUCACCCAAAAGUGCUAUUGAACCAACUCUUGAAAUAUGCUCCAAAUAAUUUAGAAAAAGAAGGAUAUUAUAUCUCAACUGCUAUCUCAAUUAACGAAGCUUCCAAAAAGAAAAGGAAGAAACCGGAAGAUAACACCCAUGAAAAUAAGCCUAAAAAGAUCUCGAAAUCGCAAGCCAUAAUUCGAGAGUUAACGGUCGUACUAAUUUCUGAUGAAGCAUCAAUCACUAUACCUCCCGAGGAUUCCAAU